AUGUCCACUGCACCUGCGGACAAACCUCUAGGGAUUCGGGCCACUCUUUGGCUCGAGAAAUAUAUGCCCUGUGUAUUUCUCCUGCUGUUUAUCGUGCUGGCUUGUAUGUCCGGUGCCUAUUACCAUAGAGUCUAUCAACACCCGGAGCUUUUCGAGCCUCCAUAUAGCCCCUAUAUCAAGCCCGGUACAGACGGGCCGUUAAUAACAACAUGUAUCGGUCUGGCAGUGUUCCUCCUGUCUAUCUUCAUACCACAUAGUGGACUAUGGUGGUUCACUUGUGUCGUUACUCGCUUCGGUCUUGCUGCGGGUCUCGUCGCUUCUGCCGUCCUUCAAUCGCGAUAUAUGCCGCUGCCUCUCGGAUCAUGCGAAAAUGAUAACGAGUGGCGAGACCCCACUGGUAUCCCAGAGGGAACACCCACAAUGUUCGAGGUACUGCCGGUUCAAUCGGGCAAAAAGAAAUUCGGUGGGCGUUUUAGAAAUCGUCCAUGUGAUUCACUAGUCACUCUUUGGAGAUUCGAGAUUGCCUUAGCGGUUUUGACCGCACUCUUGGGUCUAUGUGCCUGCCUCCUCGCUGUGUAUGCAGUGAUCGCAGAUAACCCAGCGACAUCGGCGCCUGCGGGUGCGGCUCUUCAGUGGUUUGGGAAGCCUUUCAAGUCUGCAGCGGGCUGGGGCAAGGGCAAACGUAGCAAGGAAGGGAAAGAAGCUGAGGCAAAACUCCUUGCUCCCGAUCCCGAAGGCUUGGGAUAUGUCGAUCACGAGAUGGGCAUCAGAGUCCGUCCGACGUGA